ACGUCUGAACCUGGUCGGCUCUUCACUCGAUUUCGUUUUAACCGGCUCGUUAGGGUUUUGUAUCGAGAAACCGUAAAACCCUGACCGGACGCAUCUGAGAAGAGAGGCGAACCUCCACCAUGAUUGAAAUUCAUCGGGACCGGCUGGAGAAAAGGGAGAAGAAGACGAUGGAAAACAAAGGGGUUGACCAAGGGAUAUUCGCUUCCUGUACGUUCGUUGAUCUCGGGUUGCAUCCUAGUUUAUGCGAACACCUCAAAGAUAAGAUGGGUUUCGUAGCACCCACUCAGAUCCAGGCACAGGCCAUUCCAGUUAUACUUUCUGGGAAAGAUGCACUUGUCAAUGCGGUUACAGGCACUGGUAAGACUAUUGUGUAUCUUGCACCCAUUGUGAACCUCCUUCAAAAGCGCGUACCCAGAGUCGAGAGGUCCGAUGGGACUUUUGUGUUGGUGCUUGUGCCUACACGGGAAUUAUGCAUGCAGGUUCAUGAAAUUUUGCAGAAGUUGCUGCGUCGUUUUAUUUGGAUAGUGCCUGGAUUUAUCAUGGGAGGCGAGAACAGGACGAAGGAGAAAGCUAGGCUACGCAAAGGAAUAUCAAUACUUAUUGCAACUCCUGGACGCUUAUUGGAUCAUCUAAAGCAUACCUCAUCGUUCAUAUACACAAACCUUCAGUGGAUUGUUUAUGACGAAGCAGACAGGAUUCUCGAACUGGGGUAUGGCAAAGCAAUAGAAGAAAUUCUUGAUUUUUUGGGUUCCAGACAAAAUAGUGCUGUUGUCGGGGAGAACGAGAGGACAAAGCGUAACAAAAUUUCAAGGCAGACUUUACUUCUCUCAGCAACUUUGAAUGAAAAGGUGAAUCAUUUGGCUAAUAUUAGCUUACAAAAUCCUGUAAUGAUUGGUCUGGAUGACAAUAAAGUUUCGUGCAUAACAACAAGUACUUCGGUAAAACGGCUAUUAUUGUUAGAUUCUGACAGUGAUGGGAAAUUAGAAAAUCUAGGCCCUUUACCAAGUGAAGCAACAGAAAACUAUAUCCUUCCCUCCCAAUUAAUUCAGAGAUAUGUAAAAGUCUCCUGUGGUUCGAGGAUGGUGUUACUUCUUUCCAUUAUUAAGAGUUUGUUUGAAAAAGCUGGUUCCCAGAAGGUAAACUUACAUAUUGUGGUCUUCCUUUCUACAUGUGAUGCUGUAGAUUUCCAUUUUUUUCUUUUGAAAGAGUUCAAAUGGUCCGCCAACCCGCAUCAAGAGAUGGAUCUGAGGAGUACGUUUAUCACGUGCAAUGCGUUCAGGUUACACGGAAACAUGGCACAUGAAGAUCGAAGGACCGCAUUUCAAGACUUUAAAAAUGAAAAAUCAGCAAUGCUUCUCUGCACAGAUGUAGCAGCAAGGGGUCUGGAUUUUCCCAAGGUUACAUGUAUAAUUCAGUAUGAUUCUCCUGGUGAGGCUUCUGAAUACGUGCACAGGGUUGGAAGGACUGCAAGGUUGGGCGAGAAGGGAGAAGCCUUGCUAUUCCUUCAGCCAGUUGAAAUUGAUUAUUUACAUGAACUGAAGAAGCAUGGCGUUUCAUUAACCGAAUAUCCACUUCAAAUGCUUCUCGAUAAACCUCUCUUUUACGGCCAGAAGCAACAUCAUCAGAAGUUUCUGUCCUUAGACACACAUCCCUGGAUAAUAUUGCUUCAGAAGGCACUUGAAAGUUUUGUUUUUUCUGAGCCAAAAAUGAAGCAACUAGCGAAGAACGCAUUCUGCACUUGGGUUCGAGCGUACACAGCCCAUAGAGGGGAGCUGAAGAAGAUUUUCAUGUUGAAAAAGCUUCACCUGGGACAUGUGGCCAGGAGCUUCGGACUUAAAGACCAACCUUCUUUGGUGUCCAAAUCUCUACAGAAGCAAGUUAAGAAAAGACAGAAGGGCCAGGGGAAAGGCAAGCCAUCCAAAAGGAGACAGCUUUCUGCUAUUUAAAUGUGAUUGUAAGCUCUGGAUCAGGUCUUCAGUUUUGGGUUUUUUGGUUUCAGCUGUAAAUAGAAUUGAGAGUUGGUAGAAGCUCAUGGUUUUGGUGGUAUUUGAUGGGACAGUUUUGAGUGCUUGCUUUUUUUUAUAUGUUCUUUUUCAUUUUUGGUGGAUUUUGUAGUUGGUGAUCAGCCAUGAUAUUGAUGUAUAUUGUAUACAUUAGGCAUUUAUCAUGUACAAGCAAUGUUUUUACCAUCUA